AUUUUCUUUCGUAGCUACGACGGUUAGGUUUUUGUUCUGGUCUCAUAUACUUUUCUCGUUAAUUAGUGAAUUAGUGCAAAUAAUUUUUCUUCAAUUUAAGCAUUUAAUUACGAAGAGUUCAGAGAAUGGCUACAAGUACUCGCUGGCUUCCUCUGGAAUCAAAUCCAGACGUCAUGAACAAGUACAUAGCUCAGUUAGGCAUUAAUAACCAAGAUUGGCAGUUUUGUGAUGUGUACAGUUUUGAUGACGAGGUUCUUCAGUUCAUUCCUAGACCUGUUGUUGCUACUCUGUUAUUAUAUCGCAUUUCUGAUAAGAGCGAUGGUGAUCAGAUGGGAAACGAGUGUGGUGAUGCCGGUGUGUACUUCAUCAAGCAGACCAUUGGAAAUGCAUGUGGCACCAUUGGGUUGAUACAUGCACUUUGCAACAAUGUAGACAAGCUGCAUUUCGAUGCUGACAAGCACUUGAACAAAUUCUUCAACGACACCAAAGGACUAACCCCAGAAGAGAGAGGAGAGAAAUUAGAGAAUGAUCCUGCUUUUGGAGAGGCCCAUGAGGAAGUGGCCUGUGAAGGUCAAUCAAAGGUUCCUUCUAGGGAUGAGAAAAUUGACCUGCACUUCGUGGCAUUCAUCCACCACAAUGGAAAGAUUUUAGAGCUGGACGGUCGUAAGGGUGCACCUAUCGAUCACGGGCCCUCCUCCGAAGAGACUUUACUCGAGGACUCCAUUAAAGUGGUGAAGAAAUUCAUGGAGAGGAAUCCAUCUGACAUCAACUUCACUGUCGUUGCACUGGCCAAGGCAUGAUGAGGACGACGAUGACGACGACGACGAUGAUGAUGCUGGUGAUGAUUGUGAGGAUUGAUGAUAAGGAUGAUGAUGAUGAUCAAAUGGUGAUCUUGGUGAUGAUUCUAAUCAAAAUGAUAGCGAUGAGUUAUUUUUUGAAGCGAUUAAUUUCAUUCUAUUAAACACUAACAUCUGUAUCGUUUUUGCUCGUCUGUUUGUAAACCAAUGAAAAAGCUUCUUAGAUUUAUCCAUUAAUAAUAAUAACAAUAAUAAUAAUUAUAGAUAUUGUAUUGCUAUUAUUGUUAUUGUUUUUUUAUUAUUUCUGUUCCUGCAGUUGUUGCUAUAAUUAUUAUCGUUACGAAUAAUGCCGUUUAGUUAUUUACCUACAUACGAUUGUUAUUUUACUUUGAAAAUGUUGUAAACUUGUUGCUUACUUGCUGCUAAUGUUGUUGCUUCGUACGUUGUUUGUUUGCGUAUGUUAAUAAAAAUUUUCCCUCUUGA